AUGGAGCUAAAGAAACAUCAUCAACUCCAUCAAUCGAUGCCAAGAAGGACGGAAAGACGUCAUUUAAUUGAGAGACGACCCAGCCUUGGAUAUUUGCCAGGAAUGCCAAAAAUAAUGUUUGUCAUUAUAGACGAUCUCGCCGUGACUUCACAGACGGUGAGGGAAGUUUGGUUGGCGGAGCAAUGCUCGGCGUUUGAACAAGAACUGAGAACCUUCGUACCAGCAGACUUCGUCGAAGAGUUCCACAAGAAACUUCAACAAGUGACAAAGCGAUGGAACGCAUGGAACCAUCGGGCAUUUGGUGUAGUCCGGUCACGUGACCAAAUUGAGGAACUGAUCAAGUGGGAACGGGACAUCAGGGCUCGAGGGGUGAUGGAUCCGGUAAUGAAAGACGGAAGUGUAAUCAACAUGCUUAUCAAAUUCCAAGACAUCUACAAUCGAUUCGAGUAUCUAUUGGAAAAUUUCAAGAACGGUAUCUACAAGCCGCUUCUCGACUUCUUUUACGACGACGAUAGAAGGUCGGCCAGGCGUUUGAGAGAGAUUAGAAGAGAUUUAGAUAAGAGUCUGUUAUUUUGGAAAGGUUUGCUGGCACCUGGACCGAUCGAUAUAAACCUGUUCAGUUCAAACACCGUUGAGCUCGUAAAGAAUGAACGUGUUAAGGCAGGGAAUAGCGAUUUUGAACUUAUACUUCGAUUGAUUCCCGACUUACACGAGAAAGCGUAUGAGAGUCUUCGUUUAGCUCGUCGCUGGCGUUUGAUGCAAAAGUCGUCGGGGUACAAUAAGCGAUCACUGAGUCUUUCUGAUGCGUUCCCAUCGAUUCAAAUAGACGGCGUGGAAGACGACUUGGAUUCGUACGAGCCUGCCUUUUCCCCUUCUCAAAGCGUCACCUCAGACGAGACCUUGUCUUCCCUGCAAAGCGAAGUGCGGCGAUCGGAAAGUCGGUGCACCGACCUGAGGUCGCGAAUCGGGUCGGAAAGACGACGAUCACAGGGCCUCGAAGUCGAACUCAAAACCACGCAGUUCAAUAUAAAACACCUUGAACAAAUCUCCCGAAAAACAAAACGACAGUAUCGACGUCUGAAAGAUAGGUACAACGAGGAGAAACGCAACAAUUACUCCAUGCAGAUGAACUUGGAUAGUACUCGUGACCAACUAGUCGGGGCUGAUCGUGAAUUAGAAAACUUGGCGAAGAAAAACAAAACGCUGAAAGUGACUCUGGAGAAGCAAAGAAAGAAAUGCGCUGAUCUUGAAGGCGAACUCGAGAAAAGCAAAGACAAAAUUAUGGGUUUGGAGUUAGAGAUUCAAGAUGCGAAACGAAAAUAUUUCUUCACGAAACAAAAGUUGGACACUCAGUCUGACAGCACGAGGUUGUUGGAGUCACAGGUGGACGCACUUCGGGAGCAGAGUAGUUCAGCCCAGAGUAUGCUAGAGGUGUCCAAGGCACGAUGUACUAGUCUCGAGUCCCAGCUUGAAACCAGGGAGAGAGAGUUCCGAAAACUCAAAGAAGAGCUGAUUAUAAGUCGAUCACGUGAACAGAGACUGGAGAUGGCAAACACCCACCUACACGACGUCGUAAACGAAUGGCCACAGAAUGCAAGCAAACCAAUAACGACCCUUCAAAUCGAUAAAAUAGCAGGAAUUAUCGGUGAUUACUGGAGACGACUUGCUCUCAAUCUCGGCCUCUCGGAAGCCGAAGUGCACAACAUAGGGAGCGACUACAGAGGCAAUAUGCGGGAGCAGAAACACGCCAUGUUACAACUAUGGAAACAGAGGAGAGGUCAGAGCGCCACCUUGCGGUCAUUGGUUGCGACCCUGAUUCUGAUUCAACAACAGCACGAUGCAGACACAGUUCGUGCCGCCUGCAAGGACACGACUCACAGAUCACUGGAAGGACUUUUCGGAAAUAACCAGGAUGGUCAGAAAUUCAAUGUUUCAAUCUGA